CGCCUGUACAGUUGCGGGAAAUGCUCGAAAGCGUACAGCCGCAUCGACCACCUCACCCGCCACGUGCGAAUGCACACCCAGGAAAAGCCGUAUCAAUGUCAGAUUUGCUCCAAAGCGUUUGCGCGCGCCGACCUGCUCAAGCGACAUACCCUCGGGCAUGCAAAGGACGAGCCG